GAUGCUCAUACACUGCGCUGUCGUAGGUCAUGCUUGCUUUCGGAAAGCCGAGGUCACGGUCUGCAGGGACAAGAACGGGUAUGAUGCGUUGCCGUCGUCGCAGUCCGCGCAGGUGCUCCAUUAUUCUUACGAUGAUGUUCCGUGGUGAGGCAUAUGGGCUGCGUGUCCCUCUUUCCCCUCUAUCUUCUCCCCUUGAGUACCGUAGCCUAACUGUUGGGGCUAUAAAGACGUGGCUCCAGCGUUGCCUUCGACCUUUUGACGCCACUCUCACACGCAGCUACUCCGUCAACAAGAUGUCGAGGCUCUUGACCGCGUUCUCUGUCCUUGCUGCACUAGUGCCCUUCGCCUUUGGGCAGUCUGCGGAGUGGGGUCAAUGUGGUGGCAUUGGCUGGACGGGCGCAACUACCUGCGUCUCCGGGACAACAUGCACUGUCCUCAAUGACUACUAUUCACAGUGUCUUCCUGGCACCGCCACGACUGCACCCUCGACGCCGACAUCGACCUCCGUGGUGACCCCGAGUUCGACUGCAGGCCUGCACACGCUCGCUAAGGCUGCCGGGAAGCUCUAUUUCGGAACCGCAACAGACAACCCCGAGCUCACCGACACAGCUUAUGCCGCAAAGUUGAACGACUCCAAGGAGUUCGGUCAAAUCACCCCCGGAAAUAGCAUGAAAUGGGACGCUACCGAGCCCACUCGCGGCACCUUCACAUUCUCCGGCGGUGACCAGAUCGCCAACCUCGCCAAGGCGAACGGUCAGCUCCUCCGCGGACACAACUGUGUCUGGUACAACCAGCUCCCGAGCUGGGUUUCUGACGGGACUUUCACCGCUGCGGACCUGACGACGGUCAUUCAGAAUCACUGCGGCACUCUCGUCGGCCACUACAAGGGUCAAAUGUACUCUUGGGACGUCAUUAACGAGCCAUUCAACGACGACGGUACUUGGCGCCAGGAUAUCUUCUACAACACCCUCAACACAACCUACGUUCCCAUUGCACUCAAGGCUGCCCGCGCUGCCGACCCGAACGCGAAGCUAUACAUCAACGACUAUAACAUCGAGAACACUGGCGCGAAGGCCACCGCCAUGCUCAAUCUCGUAAAAGAACUCAUCGCAGACGGUGUCCCUAUCGAUGGCGUUGGCUUCCAAUGCCACUUCAUCGUGGGCGAGGUCUCUACUUCGCUCCAGACCGUCAUGGAGCAGUUCACUGCGCUCGGGCUCGAGGUCGCGAUCACAGAGCUCGACAUCCGCAUGACGCUCCCUGAGACGGAGGCGCUGCUCGCGCAACAACAGAAGGACUAUCAAAGCGUCGUGCAAGCAUGCAUGAACGUCGAAGGCUGUGUCGGCAUCACGAUCUGGGACUGGACAGACAAGUACUCGUGGGUCCCGAGCACUUUCUCCGGCCAAGGCGCUGCUUGCCCAUGGGAUGAGAAUUUCGCCAUCAAGCCCGCAUACAACGGCAUCGUCGCCGCACUGACUGCGUAAACCGACGGCGGUGGGCGCUCGUGCCUAGGUACUGCCACUUCACAAAAGCAUGUAUGGAAAUCGCAACGAAUGCAAUGUACGGUUUGAUGCCGGGUUACCAGCUGCUCAUGUCACGCGCUGAGCGCCCGAGCGUCAAGACCUGUGGAUUAGUACUGCUUUGAGCUGCGUUACGAAGAUGUUUACUGAGACUGAGCAGAAAACCUCCUAUAGCAGAAUAGGUCGCAUCGGCCCAUACCAUGGAAAUGAUUAUGAAGAAAGAUGGCGUGUAAAACGAAGCUCGACAUGCUGACGCCAAAAGAGGUUCCGAGGAGAUACUUAAGGCCUACACUUCCUUAGGGCCCACGGUCUUCUAACCACAAACCACCAGCUCCUUAUUCACCAUCUUCACCACAUCUCGUUCAAUGUCUGCCAUACCGGUCCUAGUUGUCGCUGGCGUUGGAAACGGAACAGGCACGGGGGCGGCAGUUGCUCGCCUCUUUGCGAAGAAGGGUUACCGCGUGGCGCUUAUCUCGCGCAAUCCCGACCACCCGAAUCGUCUCGCGAGUGAGAUCAAUAACGAAGGCCGGGAGGCAGCGGCAUUCAUCAUCCCGGAUUACUCUUACAGUGCCACCCUGUCCGUGUUUGACACUAUCUCUGCGCACAAGUGGAACUCCGAGGGACCUUCUGAACUUCGCGUUGGCGUGUGGAACGCAGGCGCGGACGCGUGGAAGGGCUUCCUCGACGUCACCGAGCAGGACAUCGCCAAAUCGGUACAGGUGCAGGUGAUUGCCGCGUUCGCGUUCUCGCGUGGGGCCAUCCUCAAGUUCAAGGAGAAUCCGCUUGACGAGCGCGGGAGGCGCGGCACGCUCAUCUUCACCGGCGCGACGGCUUCUCUGCGAGGCAACGUCAGGACGAGCACAUUCGCUACGGGCAAAUUUGGGACUCGUGCACUCAGCCAGAGUCUCGCGAAGGAGUUUGGGAAGCAGAAUAUCCACGUCGCCCAUGUGAUCAUCGAUGGAGUCAUCGACACCACCAAAGGACCCGCAUACCAGUCGGGUGAAGAGGUCGAUAGAGACAACAACCCAGACAUUCGGUUGGACGCUAACAGCAUCGCAGCCAACUACCUGAACCUAGUGGAGCAGGAUCGCUCUGCCUGGACCUGGGAAUUGGAUCUCCGCCCCGCUCACGAAAAGUGGUGAAUGGGACGUCAAGCGCAACUGGCUGGUGGGAUUAGCUAUGCCAUCUCACAUUAUGCCUACUCGUAAGGACCAAGCGACGUCAUGUACUCGACAGAUAUAGU